UAAUCAGGCUGCUGAUUAUCCCUGACACCUGUCACCAUCGUCUCGCACACCUGCACCUCAUGACACUCAUCUGGACUCCAGCUCCUCCUUGAUUAUCUACCCUGUGUCUGUCCCUCCCCCUGGUUCUUUCCCCAGGUGUUACUGACUGUUUCCAUGACGGUGCGUUGUUUGCGUUACGUGUUUAUUGUUUCAUGUAUUUAUUAAAACUCACUCCCUGAACUUGCUUCCUGAUUCUCAGCGCACUCGUUCCAGCCUCAAUCAGAACCAUCAGAAAGAAGUUGUCUCCAAUUCAAAAAGCUAUGGAAGUACAGUCCACACAGUAUCAGCAAUAUCAUUCAUUCAAACAGAUAUGAUAUCGAUAUCGGUUUGAAAAAUAUAGAGUCUCCAUAUCUCCGCCCAUCACCUACAAGUAGUAUCUAAACAUUGCAGAGGUGUUCAGUCCCAGGGUCCUUAGCUUAGUGAUGACCUUUGAGGACACUAUGUUGUGCAAUGCUGAGCUGUAGUCAAUGAACAGCAUUCUCACGUAGGUGUUCCUUUUGUUCAAGCAAUGCAAGCAAUGUCCUCAGGCCAUGUUACUGGUAUUACUGGUAUUAUUAGGUUGGUGGAUGGUGAUUUAUGGAAUUAAUGAGCCAAUAUGACAGAUGCACACUUUCAGAAAGUAUAUAAUAGGCACAGACAGAUCUUUAAAGGUCCUUCUAUCCCUCCUCUUUUCUCCUCCUCCUCCAACCUGAAGUGUAGACAGACCUGUAAAAGUCCUUCUACCCCUCCUCUUUUCUCCUCCUCCUCCAACCUGAAGUGUAGACAGACCUGUAAAAGUCCUUCUAUCCCUCCUCUUUUCUCCUCCUCCUCCAACCUGAAGUGUAGACAGACCUGUAAAAGUCCUUCUAUCCCUCCUCUUUUCUCCUCCUCCUCCAACCUGAAGUGUAGACAGACCUGUAAAAGUCCUUCUAUCCCUCCUCUUUUCUCCUCCUCCUCCAACCUGAAGUGUAGACAGACCUGUAAAAGUCCUUCUAUCCCUCCUCUUUUCUCCUCCUCCUCCAACCUGAAGUGUAGACAGACCUGUAAAAGUCCUUCUACCCCUCCUCUUUUCUCCUCCUCCUCCAACCUGAAGUGUAGACAGACCUGUAAAAGUCCUUCUACCCCUCCUCUUUUCUCCUCCUCCUCCAACCUGAAGAGUAGAAAGACCUGGAUAUAACAGAUUCUGCUGCUCUCAUUCCUCACCAUUGUCUAGCCAACUAUCGUCAUGUUUCACUCUCCAGACCACACCUCUCUGCCAUCAGUGGAAGGGCUUGACCUGUUGAGUCCCUACCUGUUCACACACAGAGGGUACAACUUUACCGUGGGAGAGACCGACCCCCAGUACAUCGACUCCCUCCAGAGCUUUGAGAUUCAAGAAACGGACAUUUUCCUCAUCUCCUAUCCCAAAUCAGGUACGAUAUGGACCCAGCAGAUCCUGGUCCAGGUGGUGGAGGCGGCCUACCCUGAGAGUAGUGGCACCGACCAGAGCUCCACCAACCUGGAGAAGAUACCCUGGCUCGAGUACCCAGACACCCGCCCCGAGCGCCUGCGCCCCGCACCUAGACUCUUCAUCUCCCACCUGCCUCCAAACCUGCUGCCCGCCAGCCUGAACACCAAGAGACCCAAGGUACAACCACCAAGCCUAGAAGGACCAGAAAACGGGUAAAGCCCACCCACCAUAGGGGGGUUGGGAUAAAGGAAAAAAGAGGACUUCCCAGUGUAUCUGUGACAAAUUACAAUAAAGUCAUCUUCUUCUUCCUCUUC